CGGCUCGCCUGAAGAAAACGUCGAUCUGACGCGGAAACCCAGUGGUGACCGGAGCGACGAAGAAAAUGGAGGCGCUGAGGGCCUCGUACGGCUGCUCCUCGGAUUCCGACACCGACGACUCUCCCUCUCCCGAGUCUCCUCCAGCUAAGGAGGCCGAGAAGGUGGACCCUUUGCCUCCGCCGCCUCUUUCCCUCAUUUCCCCUCCCAAUUCCCUCGCUGGGAUGUUCGAUCAGUCGACGACCACUGGGCAGCCCAGUCGCGUCCGGAGCUUCCCUCACGUCGAAGGCAACUACGCUCUGCACGUCUACAUCCCCGCCAACAUAAUUGCGCCCCAGAGGCCCCAGAUUGCGCUCCUUUUGAAGAGAGUAGCGUCUCUCGUGCCGGAUCUCUUCGUAGUCGAUGCCGAUGUCCCACUGGGCGCACUGUGCAAGGAUGAAUGGAAGCUCCAACAAGUAGCUUUAGGCCAGGAAUUUCACAUCAGUUUGGGUAGGACCGUGCCAAUCCGGGUCCACCAGAUUGAUUCUGUGGUCACCAUGCUCCGUCAGAAACUUCAGUCUCACAAGCGGUUUUGGAUCGAUUUUAGCAAAUGGGAAGUCUUUGUGAACGAUGAUAGCACACGGACCUUUCUUUCGCUGGAAGUCACGAAAAGGGGGUUGUCAGAGAUAAUGAAGCAGAUAAAGCUUGUUAAUGAGGUUUAUAGGCUUCACGACCUUCCCGAGUUUUACAAGGAUCCUCGCCCUCAUAUAUCGUUAGUUUGGGCAUCGGGAGAUAUCAGUGAAUCCCUGAAGAAAGUGGUUGUCAAUGAGGAGAUAAACGGGAGCAUGAGCGUCCGGGGGUUACCAGAGAAAUGCUUCCUUACCUCUAAAUUCAGUGGGAUUGAGUGUAAGAUUGGGAAGAAAUCAUACAAAAUAUGCAAGCUUCCUGAUAAAUAACAGCAAAUUGUACUACACCCUCCUUCUGUGGCGAACUUGUGUUUAUAUAUCCAUUUUCUUUUCUUUAAAA